AUGACUUACCAGACCCGUGGACUUGCCCUGCUCACUCGCUCUUCUUCGUUAGCCUCAAACCCGCCGGAGAACUACAGGGAGAGGUUCUGGGCCGCGGUGCGAGAGAAGGAGGCAUGGGUGGCCGCUGGUUCGAAGCCGCCAAAGCCAGCGCAAAAGGAGACGAUCGACAUCGACGGGCCGUCCGCCGAGUCCAACAGCAAGUCCUCUCCCGCCGCCGCCAAAGCCAAGCCAAAGACCACACCCUCAGCAACGCCCAGCACCACGCCCGCCGCCAAGCCCGCCACGCCCAACGCUACGCCCGCCGCACCCAAGACCAAGCCCGCUACGCCCGCCACUCCAGCCACUACGCCCACCACGCCCGCUACCAAGGACAACGCCGGGUACAGGUGGAUCGACGCCCUCGUCAAGGCUGCUCCCGAGGAGCACGGCCCGAUCGAGGAGCCUACACCAGCCCCUGUCGACGACUCACUUUUCGUCGGCAAGUUCGCCAAGGUCCCUCUCGCCUGCCGCGUCGACUACACUCGGGCGGCUUUCAACGCUACGGAUUCCUCCUACGACGAUCCGGAGCUGGCGAAAAUGACCUGGCCGUCCGAGGAUGGGCCGGCCUACGUGCGGAGGUGCCUUCCCUGCGUCCGCAAGGGCACGCUCUGCAUCAAAGCCAAGGGCAAGGGCACCGUGUGCGAGGGGUGCAAGGGGAGGAAGCACCCUUGUGGAGCGGGGGACAAUUGUGAGUACAGCAGCGAGGCUAGCGAAGGGCGCCAAGGGAUGUCCGAUGCCUACAACGACUACGGUCGCAACCACGAAAGGCAGAGGAACCGGGCAGGCACCUACUUCCAGGCGGUGGACUUCGUCCCCAUCGACACUGGUUUCGCCCGCGACUUCCCGCACAUGCGCGCCAAGAAGAGGGACCAGGACAUCCUGGACGCCUCUCGCGCAGCGGAGUCGACUCCGACAGCGGUCUUCGGCCCUCGCCCCCCCUCCCCCUCCCUCCUCAACCCGGCGCGGCCAGACCGUGGCUUUAAGCACGCUGUUGGGGAGUCGCUGGACUAUCUUCAACAGGUAGUCAGGCAUCGACAGCAGCAGCUCAAGCUCUGCGAGGAGGCAGAGGAGAAAGAGCAGGGGCUGGUGGGGCAACUGGGUAUGCCGACGACAAAGGGUUGGGUGGCAACGGGCGGUUCCUCUUCUGGCGGGGAGGCUUCUCGUCCUGCGGCGAGUGUCAAGGGCAAUGGCGCAAGUCAAAAGGCGAUUGUGGCGCGGUCGAUGAAGGCAGCGGCGGCGAGGAGGGAGAGGGAGGAGAGGGAGAAGGAGGAGAAGAGGAAGAACAAGAAGAAGAGGAUGUAG